GAAUACGAAUUGGUCGUACAUAAACCAAGGCUCUCCGCCAACUGAAUUCAGUCGCCUCUUUUCUCUUGUGUGAUUGCCGACGCAUUUAACAAAACAACCAUGCCCAUCGAUUUCUACUACGUUCCCGGCAGCGCCCCAUGCAGGGCCGUCCUUUUGGCUGCCAAAGCCGUUGGUGUCGAGUUGAACUUGAAGCUCACCGAUCUGAUGAAGGGCGAACACAUGACCCCAGAAUUCCUCAAGAUCAACCCACAACAUACUAUUCCAACCAUCAACGAUAAUGGAUUCAGUCUGUGGGAGAGCCGCGCCAUCAUGGGAUACUUGGUCAACAAGUACGGCAAGGACGACUCCCUGUACCCCAAGGACCCGGUGAAGCGCGCCGUCGUUGACCAAAGGAUGUUCUUCGACUUGGGAACAUUGUACCAGCGUUUGGCUGAUUACUACUACCCAGUUUACUUCGCCGGUGCCGCCUUCGACCCUGAGAAGAAGACCAAGAUCAUGGAUGCUCUCCAAUUCCUGGACACCUUCUUGUCCAAGUCCACCUACGCCGCCGGUGAGCAACUGACCAUCGCCGACUUGACACUCGUCGCCACCGUCACCACUUUGGAAGUGGUCGACUUCGAUCUGUCCUCCUUCAAGAACAUCAUCAGGUGGUUGGAUGUCGUUAAGAAGAACGCUCCAGGUUACGAGGAGGCCAACGGCAAGAACGUUCUUGCCUUCAAGGCUCUCGUCGACAAUCUGAUGAAGGGCAGAUAGACGAUGCACCAUCCGAUUUCUGCACAUAUUUAAUUCACAGAAAAAAAUUAAAGAGAACUCAAAUAAACGCAUAAUACUUUGAUUUUGUAAAGUUGUCAUAAAAUGCACGCUCUAAUAAAAGUUUUUAUUUUAUAAAUAAUA